AAGUGGCACACACAUCAAACUUCCUCGUAGAAGUCAAGCGCGCCGCCGCUCCGUCACUCCGUCCAUCACUCCAAACGUGCAGUCCAACCAGGAUGGAGCCGACAUAAACAAGAAAUGAGGAGUACCUUCUGCCAAUUAAACCAACUUUAGAAGAGCGCAUACUACCGCAGAAGCAACUGUCGAGGUGUCCGGUUGAAACGAGGCCGCACCAUGGGCUGUGUGGGCUCAAAGAAGGAGCAGGAGCCGAUCAGCAAAGGGAUGGUCAAUGACGAGUUUAAUCGCAACCAGACCCCCCACUAUGUCAAAGACCCCACCGCAGGAAACUCUGCAAGCAAGGCUAGCCGAAUGCCAUCCAAUGGCCCUCCAAACGCCGAUGCAGAGAGCAUUGCCAUUGCAUUGUAUGACUAUGAGGCCAUUCAUGAUGGAGACCUGGGCUUCAAGAAAGGAGACAAGCUCAAAAUCUUACAAGAAUCAGGGGAGUGGUGGAGAGCCAUGUCACUCAGCACAGGUCAGGAGGGCUACAUCCCCAGUAAUUAUGUAGCUAAAGACACACUGGAGACAGAAGAGUGGUUCUUCAAGGGUGUGAGUAGGAAGGAUGCUGAGAGGCAGCUGCUGGCCUCGGGGAACAAAGUGGGAUCCUUCAUGAUCCGAGACAGCGAGACCACCAAGGGCAGCUACUCGCUGUCGGUCCGGGACAAUGAUGGUCAGCCCAAUGACACAGUUAAACAUUAUAAGAUUCGCACAUUGGACAACGGAGGAUUCUACAUCUCCCCUCGCAUCACCUUCAGCACCCUGCAGGACCUGGUCAGCCAUUACAAGAAGCAGGGAGAUGGCCUGUGCCAAUCCCUGACCAGCCCAUGCCUGAGCCCCAAACCCCAGAAGCCCUGGGAGAAAGAUGCCUGGGAAAUCCCAAGAGAGUCGCUCAAACUGGAGAAGAGGCUGGGCGCUGGCCAGUUUGGAGAAGUCUGGAUGGCCAUGUACAAUAAGCAUACCAAGGUAGCAGUGAAAACCAUGAAGCCUGGCAGCAUGUCAGUGGAAGCCUUCCUGGCCGAGGCCAACCUGAUGAAGACACUGCAGCACGACAAACUGGUCCGACUCAACGCUGUGGUCACCAAGGAGGAGCCCAUCUAUAUUAUCACUGAGUUCAUGGAGAAAGGUAGUUUACUGGACUUCUUGAAGAGUGAUGAGGGCAACCGUGUGCAGCUUCCCAAGCUUAUUGACUUCUCUGCCCAGAUUGCAGAGGGCAUGGCCUAUAUUGAGCAGAGGAACUACAUCCACAGAGACCUGCGAGCUGCCAACAUCCUGGUCAACAAGGCUUUAGUAUGCAAAAUUGCUGAUUUUGGCCUUGCUCGUAUCAUUGAGGAUAAUGAGUACACAGCCAGGGAAGGAGCCAAGUUCCCCAUCAAGUGGACAGCGCCUGAAGCCAUCAACUAUGGCUCUUUCACCAUCAAAUCAGAUGUCUGGUCAUUUGGCAUCCUGCUGACUGAGAUUAUCAGUUAUGGACGCACACCAUACCCAGGGAUGACCAACCCAGAAGUAAUCCGUUCCCUGGAGAAGGGCUACCGAAUGCAGCGCCUGGAGAGCUGUCCCAAGGAACUUUACGAAAUCAUGCUGGAGUGCUGGAAGAACAAGCCGGAGGACCGUCCCACUUUUGAGUACCUGCAGAGUGUCCUAGAGGACUUCUACACCGCCACAGAGAGCCAGUACCAGCAGCAGCCAUGAGACUUAGAUACAGGAGCACAUCUGUACUGUUCAUAAAUAUAUGUCCAAUUUCUAUAGGCGGCAGUACAUAUAUAAAUAUAUAUAUAUAUGCCUGUUCACUGUUUCUAUCUCUCUCUCUGUUAAUCUCUCUGUCACACACACACACACACACACACAAACCAAACACAGAUUUCAUGGUCUUCUAUAUAGCUAUAAUACAUAGCAGGCAGAUACAUAUUAUUAUGUAAGCCUGCACAGUCUUACAUGCGGCACAUAAUCUUACUCACAAACUGUUGUCAUCCAGAUACAAACGUGCAUGCCCGUAUGCACAAACAAAUGAUUCUAGGUUGUCUGAAAGUGGCCACAUGGAAAAGACUGAACCUUGUUGUCAUGCACUGGUGCACAUUGUGCAUCCAUCAAAAAGAAGGUAUAACCACAGUUCAGAUGUUCAUCGUCAAAUGAGUGCAGUGACCUGGUCAUAUUAAACAGGGUUAUCAACUCAGUAACAAAGCUGCCUUAGCCUUUUCUCCUCCUGUGAUAUGUACAUCGUUGACUUUGGGAAACUAAAUCGGAUAGAUUUUCCCAAAGUAAAAGGUGUAUGGCUGCUUAGACUUUUUAAAAAAUCCUCUAUUUAUGUUCCAUAGAUAUUUUUCCAUUAUGGUGUGGCUGACUUCAGCAUUACUCAUUUACUGUGCCUUUUACAGAGAGUGGAUAUAUUCAUGUAAGCUUUAAAUAUUGUUAGGUUUUAUACUAUAUGCUCUGUACAGUACAAUAUAUGCUGGCAUACACAUGGUUGUGCCAAUCUUUAGGCAUAGGGUGUUUGAUGUGAUAAGGGAUUCAUUUUUGCUGUGUACUCUUUCAGCCCAUCCAAUUUCUAUUCCGUAUUUGGUGACUUUUUGACAAAGAAAGCAAACACGUAAUGAUUCAUCAUAUCUUUUGGCCUUUUUCUUGUCUUUUUUGUGUGUGGGAAACUAAUUUAUUUGUGCACAUGAUAGGCUGUUCCUCUGAUCCUUCUGUCAGGAAUGUAAUGAUAUUUCCUAAAGUAAAACUUGUAUUUUUUCUGCAUUAUCAAAUGAGAUUUUUUUUCUUUUUUUUUUUCUAAAAGACUCUUGAUUCCUGCUGUCUUUACUCUGCCCUGGUUUGUUGUUUAUGGUACUGUAGGAUAUACAAUCAAUGAAUGUUGCCAGGGGAAUGGAAUACUGUAGUGUGAAUAUCAUGUCUAACAUUUUAGUGUUUGGCAUCAACAUGAAACAAGAUUUUUUUUUUUUUAUGGAUAUUUCCAUAGAUGCUUGAAUCCAUCCAACUGUGCUUAAUAAAUUGUUUUAAAACAA